GGUAUGGUUUUUUUCUCUUACUGUUAAGUCGUUUGUGUUCUACUCCACGUAAGAGGUAUACUUAAAAUCCUUCUAUACUUGUUCUCAGGUGAUGGAAGAUCAUGGUAAGCAAAAAGAUGCAGUCCUGGUUCGUAUAGAUGCGAAGCUGAAUUCGCUUUCAACAUUACAUAUACAGAAGCGUAAAAUUUUCAAAGUGCCUCGAGAAUUGCUUGAGAUAAAUAAAAAUGCCUAUGAACCUCAUUUCGUUUCCAUCGGUCCUUAUCAUCAUGGUAAUGAUCACUUUAAGGCAAUGGAAGUAUACAAGGUUCGUUUAUUUAAAAUGCUUCUUCAACGAAUAGGACAGUUAAGUACAGCUACAUGUGUAGCAGCAAUGAGAGAUAUGGUGGAAGAGGCUCGUAAUUGUUACGCAGAAUCCUUAACCAUGUCUACGGAUGACUUUUUAGAAAUGAUUGUCCUUGAUGGAUGUUUUGUUGUUGAACUAUUUCACCAAAUUCAUUGUAGAGAGUGGGUUGAGGAUGAACUAUUCGAGUUAUUGGGCUUGACGAGUGGAAAUGACAAGUUUUUAUACAUUAAGUCAUUCUUUGACGUGUUUGAUAAUUCAAUACUGCCAGGGUUCAAGGCCAAGGAUGCAAGCUGGAACGAGGGUUCAAUUGCAAGUGCCAAGCACCUCCUAGACUUACUUCACACUAGGUGGAGUUCUACAAUUCAACAAACAGGUGCUGAACAGAAUACUGCAACUAAAGGAGGCAAAUGGUCUUACAUACCUUCCACUUCAGAACUCAGAGAGGCGGGAAUUGAGUUCAAGAAGGUCGAGGGAGACGGACGCAACCUGAUUGAUAUAAAGUUUACAAAUGGGAUAUUUGAGAUUCCAACACUUACAGUUCAGAAUAAUACAGAGUGUUUGCUUCGUAAUAUCAUUGUUUGCGAGCAAUUCGACUGUAAGUUUCCAGCUUACUGGACUGAUUAUAUCAUUCUCAUGGAUUGUCUAAUGAACACAGAAAAGGAUGUGGAUUUGCUUUGCCAGCAUGCAAUAAUUGGAAAGUUUUUGGGGGAAAAUGCAGCAGUAGCGACCCUGUUUAACAGGCUUGGAUAUCCUGUAAGCUUCUCUACAGAAAUGUUCUUUUACAAAGAGUUAUCUAAUGAUAUCAACAAGCAUUACAGUUCACCUUGGAACAAAAACAUGGCAAAGUUAAGGCACGAUUACUUCCACAGUCCAUGGUCAUUCAUCUUCUUCCUUGCUGCUGGUUUCUUGCUUCUCUUUACACUGCUACAGACAAUAUUUACAAUCUUCCCUUGGGCCAAGGAUGAUGAUGAGGCUGAUCCACCAUCUAAACUACCUGUGAAAAGGAGGAUCACAACAGAGAAAGAAGCAGAAAUUGAAGGUCCUUCAAUCCCUAAGACUAAUAUAAAGAAAGUGAAAACUGUUGAGGAGAAAGAAAAGGCAGAGGCAGGGGUCAAAAAUCAAAAGGAUAUCCCUGUUGAUAUUGAUGAUGAAGAUUCUGAUAACAGGAAUAGUGGGGACACUGAUUAUAAUGAUAGUGACAAUCCAGGACAUUUGCGGCCAUUUUCUUCAUCUGAGGAGGAAGAUGUGUUCUUUGUUGCUUCUGAUCAACCAAGCGUGAGAUCUACAGAUGUCUUCUACAAUUCAGAUUGGAAGGUGAUGGCAGACGACAGUAUUCAAAAUGAUGAAGUCCAGAUUCUUAUAGAUGGGAGGCUGGAAUUGCUUUCAGCAUUACAGAUACAGAAGCAUCAAAUUUUCAAAGUGCCUCGCGAGUUACGUGAGGUAAAUAAAAAUACCUAUGAACCGCAUAUCGUUUCUAUCGGUCCUUAUCACCAUGGUAAAGAUCACUUGAAGGCAAUGGAAGUACACAAGUUACUGGACAUGGGGGAUGAAAAUAAAAAGAUUGAAUACAUUAAGUCAUUCUUUGAGGUGUUUGAUGAUUCAAUACUGCCAGGGUUCAAGGUCAAGGAUGAAAACGGGAACGAAGGUUUAAUAGCAAGUGCCAAGCACCUCCUAGACUUAGUUCACACUAGGUGGAGUUCUUCAAUAGGGGGCAAGGGGAAUGUAACCCAUGGCGAGGGUUCAAUAACGUGUGUCGAGCAUCCCCUAGACUCUGUUCAUACUAACUGCAUUUCUCCAACAGAACAAACAGGUGCCAAUAAGAAUAUUGUGGAGAGAGGAGGUUGUUUGUGUUACAUACCUUCCGCUUCAGAACUGACAGAGGCAGGAGUUAAGUUCAAGAAGUUUGAGGGAGAGGGACGCAACCUGUUUGAUAUAAAGUUUACAAAUGGGAUACUUCAGAUUCCAACACUAAUUAUUCAGAAUAAUACAGAGUGUUUGCUUCGUAAUAUCAUUGUUUGUGAGCAAUUCGACAGUGAGUCUCAAGUUAAUUACUGGACUGAUUAUAUUGUUCUCAUGGAUUGUCUAAUAAACACAGAAAAGGAUGUGGAGUUACUUUGCCAGAGUGGAAUAAUUAGUAGCUUUUUGGGUGAUAAUGCAGCAGUUGCUACCCUGUUUAACAGGCUCGGGUAUCAUGUAAGCUUCUCUCAAGAAAAAUUCUUCUAUAAAGAGUUAUUUGGUGAUGUCAAGAAGCAUCACGGCUCGUUUUGGAACAGAAACAUGGCAAAGUUAAGGCACGAUUACUUCAACAGUCCAUGGUCGUUGAUCUCCUUCCUUGCUGCAGUUUUCUUGCUCCUACUUUCCCUGGUACAGACUACAUUUACAAUCUUUUCACGGAAUUGAAAGUGCAGGAAACCAGAAGCUUUCAUCCAUGGAUUUGGCUCUUCAACAUAUAUCUGAAUAAGGCGGGGACUUCUUAGGCCAGAAUGUGUGAUUAGUUGUGCAAGUGUGAGUGCAUGAGAUUAUUUGUUGAUUGUAUAAUACCGUAAUAGUAGUUGUUGGUUGUGAUACCAUCGAGUGUGUUAACUGGCAUGCGAGUGCUCAGCCUUGUUUCUCUCCUCUGUUUCUUUAGUUAAUCAGGGCACUGUACUUUCUUACCUAUAAUUUCAAGGCAGUGUAUCCCUAAGUAUACUACAUCAUGCAAUAAAAUUCAUUUUUUAUU